CACACAAAAAAGAGGCAGAAUUGCAUUGACCGUAAAAAGAUAUUAAAAAUCUCUGCUCUAAACAGCAAACUAACUUAAAAAUAGUGAAUUAAAGACACAAAAUGGCCCUCAACUAUCUAGAAUUAACGAUAUUAGCUUUAGUUUCAAGUUUAUUUUAUCAAAUAAAUUGCGUGAAUGCGUUAAAUGCCAGAUACGUGACAUGCGGAAGUGUGUUAAAGCUUUUAAAUGUCGAUUAUAGAGUAAGAUUACAUUCACAUGACGUCAAAUACGGAAGCGGGUCGGGACAACAGAGUGUCACGGGAACAGAAGUGCAAGAGGACAAUGGCUCGCAUUGGCAAGUGAAAGGCGAAACAGGCAAAUUUUGUGUUCGAGGAGAACCAAUUAAAUGCGGCGACAUAAUCCGCCUUCAUCACAGCACGACAAACAAAAAUCUUCACUCCCAUUUGUUCCGAAGUCCUCUUUCGGGCAAUCAGGAAAUCUCUUGUUACGGCGACGAAAACGGCGAAGGCGAUACGGGAGAUCAUUGGGAAGUUAUUUGCUCCUCUGAAUUUUGGGAACGUGAUUCUCCGGUGAAAUUCAAGCAUGUCGAUACCCAAAAAUGGCUCGGCGUGAGCGGCAGAAGCUUCGGAAGACCCAUUUCAGGACAGCAGGAAAUUGUCGGAUUCAAUGGAAUCGUCAGCGGCGUCGAUUGGAAAACUGCCGAAGGAGUUUUCAUUCAUCCAACAGAAGCGCCAUCACACAUUUCGCAUGAAGAGCUCUAAAUGCGAACGAACCAUAGGAACAAAAAAUAUUUUGCACACGAAAAUCAACCAAAACAGUUUUAAGUAAUAAGUUGUUCUUAGCCAGAUUGUCAUGAAAUGAUAAAAAAAACGUAAUUUAUAAAGAUUUGCCGCAUUUUUCAUACAAAAAUUGAUUAAACUGUGUACAAAAAUAAACGAUA